AAAGCUGGAAAGUUUUGUGCGGGUUUGCUUUUCGAAAGUGUCUCCCAAAUUGCUGGUGGGUGGGACCUUUGCGGAACGACCUGCGGAGGAGAGAGAAAGAGAGCAGAGCUUUGGGAAGGAGAAGAGAGGUUGCCGCCUUCCUCUCUCUUCCUCUCUCUUGCCUUCCCUCCUUCCUUCUCACUCCACGUCUUGCUUCACCCAACACAACGAAGGCGAUUUCACCUUUGCAAGAGGCGCAUCCUUUCUUUGCAGCUGUGGAAAGACACCCACGCAGUCAGCAUUGCUUAACAACAUCAGGAAACAUAAUCUGUCCCAGUGGCCGUGGAUCUUCCUUCUGCCCUCAGGUUCAAGAUGGUAGUGUUUGCCAUCCUUGCUGCAUUGGUGCUUGCUACAGUAUACUCGCAGGAAGCAGACGAAACCAUCACGUACACGCAAUGUACAGAUGGUUAUGAAUGGGAUCCUGUCAUGCAGCGAUGCAAAGAUAUUGAUGAGUGUGAAAUUGUGCCUGAUGCAUGCAAAGGUGGGAUGAAAUGUGUGAACCACUUUGGAGGAUACCUCUGUCUGCCUAGAACAGCCCAGAUUAUUGUUAACAACGGCCAAGAAGGAACGGCCUCUGAAACCUCUAGUGGCCGAAAUGGUAACCCAAUCAUUCGGCGGACUCCUCCAGAUAACACCGCAUCCCAGAUACGGUGUGCGGCUGGUUAUGAGGCAACCGAUCACACUACAUGCCAAGAUGUGGAUGAAUGCGCAACAGGCACCCACACCUGUAGGUCAGAUCAGAUAUGUGUCAACUUAAGAGGAUCAUUCACUUGUCAGUGUUCGGCCGGCUAUCAGAAGCGAGGCGAUCAGUGCAUUGAUGUAGAUGAAUGUUCAUUCUCUCCAUUUUGUCACCACCGUUGUGUGAACGCUCCUGGUUCCUACUACUGCCAGUGCAACAGCGGUUAUCAAUUAGCACCUGACAAUCACACAUGUGCAGACGUAAACGAAUGUGAGACCAGCAACCCUUGCGCACAACUGUGCUAUAAUGUAGUUGGUUCCUUCCUGUGCCAGUGCAACCAAGGCUUUGAAUUAAGCGCCGACAGAAUCAACUGUGAUGAUAUCGACGAAUGCAGAGCUUCCAACUUCAUGUGCCAGUAUGAAUGUGUUAAUGAACCAGGGAGGUUCUCUUGCCUGUGUCCGGAUGGAUACCAGUUAGUGAGAGGAAGAAAUUGUCAAGAUAUAAAUGAAUGUGAGGUGGGCAACGAAUGCCGAGAAGAUGAAAUAUGCUCCAAUUAUCACGGCGGAUAUCGCUGCUAUCCAAGGAAUCCAUGUCAAGAGCCUUACGUUCUUGCGUCCGAAAAUCGCUGUGUUUGCCCAGUGUCCAACACCCUUUGUCGAGACCUGCCAUACUCCAUUGUACACAAAUACAUGAGCAUCCGCUCCGAGAGAACUGUGCCAUCCGAUAUCUUCCAAAUCCAGGCCACCCAGAUUUUCCCCAAUACAAUUAACACGUUCCGGAUUAAAUCUGGAAAUGAGAACGGAGACUAUUUUCUGAGACAAACAAGUCCGGUUAGCGCAAUGCUUGUAUUGGUCAAGCCAUUAAAAGGACCCCGGGAACAUAUCAUCGAUUUGGAGUUGGUGACGGUCAACAGUAUGAACUACCGGUCGAGUUCCGUGCUCAGGUUAACGCUCAUUGUGGGACCCCAUCCAUUUUAGCCGUGGCAGUUAAGUAAUUCCCAAGCACCCAGAGCAGCCAAAGAAAUAUUCUCUUAAAUGAAGCACUUACAACUUUAUUUAUAGAUUUUACAUGGUGUGUUUUUUAAAGGAAAAACUUUAUUAAGAAAAUCAAUCCUUGUAGCCAUGCUGUCGUGCUUAUAAUUCAAAAGUAGUUAUGUUUUCUGAAGUAUAAUCAGGGCAUUGCCACUUUCCAUUUAAAGGUUUGCAUUUCUCCCCUUUUCUGGUGAUACUGGUAUUAAUCACCUAUUUCCAUUGCAAUACAAGAGCCAAUAUUCAUAGGGGAUGCAUUCCUGUCUUCCAGUUCCAGCUUACCAUAGGAUUGUUGUUGGAGGAUCUAGAGCAGGCAUGGGCAGACAUUGUCCCUCUAGAUGUUUUGGACUUUAACUCCUACUAUUCCUAACAGCCGGUAAGCUUUUAGGAAUUUGGGUUGUUGGAAGUCCAAAAAGUCUGGAGAGCCAAAGUUUGCCCAUGCUUGAUUGAGUGAUUCCUAGAGAGCUAUUCUCUUUAGGAAUUUGCUAGGUCCUCCUAUAUACAUUUAUGGUAACAUCUAGGGAAAGCAUACUAUAGAAUCACCUGGAGAAUCUAGCAAGACAUCAUUUUCCCCUAGGCACCAGCAAAUGAACAAUGCAGAUAUGGGUUCUGGGGGCCUUACUGUAGUUGUGUUUUCACAACACAAGAAGGAUACAAGGUAGGAGAGACCAGGAUCAGAUUCUGUGUCUCUAGUCCAGAAUGUCCCAAUGUUUAGCAAAAGUUCUGAACAGAGUCAUCAACUCUACAUAAAAAGGCUCAGUGCACCACAAUCAUUCAAGAUUUCGAAUCCCAUGAGACAUAAUCAAAUAAGAACUCUCCUAGAUUAGACCAAAGGCAGACCACUAUUCUGUUCCAAGAGAAGCCAACCAAAUUUCCAUUGGGAAAUCCACAAGCAGAAUACAAAUACAUAAAAAUGUGUAUCCUCAACGAUUAGUAUUGAGAAAUAUAAGGCCUCCGACAUGACAGCUGCUACCACAGCCACUGAUGGUACAUUUCUAUAUGAAUUUGUUUGGGAAUCUACAAUAGUGCUCAACAGUAGGCCCUCCAAGAUUGUGGCCAUUAAAGGCACAUGAUUCCCACAAAAGUGGAGAAACCAUAAUUUUUAAGUGUGGUUUUUUAAUCUGAGAAAUCAUUUCUCUAGAAAUUGCUAGGUCCUCCAGUAUAACUAUGUGAUUAACAUGUGUGAAACAUUGAUCAUAGAAUUGUCCUGUGGGACCUAGACAUCCCUAAAGAGAUAUUAUCUCCAGGAAUCUCUGUGGUCAACAUCUAGCAGAUACUGACCACAGAGUUACCCUUGAGAACCUAGAAUAUCCUAGAGAGAACAUAUUAAUGAAAUAUGCAAAAGUUAAACCUAUAAAUGUGGAAGGCCGACCAUAAUUACCUUUCAGGUCUGUUGGCGUAUCAACUCCUAUCACACUUAGGCGCUAUGGGAAUUAUAGUCCUGCACAUCUGAAAAGUGACAGAUUGUGGCCAUGUCCUACUCACAUCUUCCACGAAACACACAGAGAUUGAGUCCAGAGAUUAAGAGCGGAAUUUCAUUCACUCCCCUAGAAUAGUGUGAAGAUAAAAACAGAACUGAUGUCUGAUGUGAUUGUGCAAGGGAUGAGCAGAAAACUUGUUUGAUGUGCCAUUUCCAAACAGUUUGAACAUCUAAUAGUUUUACAAUUUGAGCAAUUCAAGAUGUGUGUGGCAGUGUGUGUGUGUGUAUGUUUAACAGAGUACCCACAGUUAUCCAUUGAUAAAUAGUGUGUUGUGUGGUUUCCGGGUUGUAUGGCCGUGUUCUAGCAGCAUUUACUCCUGACGUUACACCUGCAUCUGUGGCUGGCAUCUUCAGAGAAAGAUUCCAGCCACAGAUGCAGGCAAAACAUCAGGAGAAAUGCUACUAGAAUACGGCUAUACAGCCCAGAAACCAUGCAACACCCCAGUGAUUCCAGACUUGAAAGCUUUCGACAAUACAUUAUUCAUUGAUUUCUCGUGAAUGCUGAGACAGGUCAUUGGGGCUCAGAUGACUUAGUCUGCCCCAAAAUAUUUCAGUAGUGGAAACCAAUCCAUGGGGACAUCUACAGUGACCACUAACUGCAGAAUGGCCCUGAAUCAGCUCCGUGUAGGCCAGACUUCACACAAAUUAAUCUGGGAGUAACACAGGACAAGGCCACCUCAACACAGCUUUAACCAAGUUGGGAUGGUCUGAAUUUCAUGCUGAAUUGUCCCCAGGAAGCAAGUCAGUAUAGACCAGGCAUAGGCAAACUUGGCCCCUCCUGGUGUUUUGGACUUCAACUCCCACCAUUCCUAACAGCCUACCAGCUGUUAGGAAUUAUGGGAGUUGAAGUCCAAAAAUGCCCAGAGGGGCGAGGUUUGCACAUGCCUGGUAUAGACCCACUGUAUGCCUUCAUUCUUCUGCAUAUGCCUUUAUAAAGUCACAACCAGUAAGCAUAAGAGUCUUAACAGUUGCACUGGAACACAGCCACCUUAGGAGAACCACUAUUUAUGUCUACUGUUACUAAAUGAAUGAAGUGUGGUUUAAAUCUGCUUAAUACUGGCUGGACUGUGUGGCUUAGGUUCAGCCACCAGCAUCAGAGGAUGUAGAUGUGCCAAAGGCAGUUUUCUUCAUCCCAUCAUUUUUCCGUGUCCUAGAAACAACCUGGGAUCUCAGCAGUAGCAGAUAAGCAGCCGUCUGUCCCGUGACAUUCUUGGAUGCACCCCACACAGUUCUGUGCUCUGCAUGGACAAAUUCUUCAAUUUGACUAUGCAUUAAAGACCAAAGCCCACAUUGCCAACUAGCCCAAAAUCUGGGUUGCUGUGAGUUUUCCAGUCUUUUUUUCCCCCCGUGUCAGGAGCAGCUUGAGAAACUGCAAGUCACUUCUGGUGUGAGAUAAUUGGCCAUCUGCAAGGAUGUUGCCCAGGGGACACCCAAAUGUUUUGGAAAAAAAAUGGAUGUUUUUACCAUCCUUGUGGGAAGCUUCUCUCAUGUCCCCACAUGAGGAGCUAGAGCUGACAGAGGGAGUUCAUCCGCACUCUCCCCAGAUUUGAACCGGCAACCUUCAGGUCAGCAAUCCUAUCUUCAAGUCAGCAGUCCUGUUGGCACAAGGAUUUAACCCAUUGUUUUCCAGGCUGUAUGGCCAUGUUCCAGCAGCAUUCGCUCCUGACGUUUCACCCAUAUCAACAUUUGCAAUAUUUACACUUGCCUCAAACAGACAAGAGUUCUUUCUCCCACCCUGGACAUUCCACAGAUAUCUAAACCCCACUUGUCUAGUUUCCAACAAAUCUCACAACAUCUGAGAAUGCCUGCCUAGAUAUUGGUGAAAUGUCAGGAGAGAAUGCUUCUGGAAUAUGGCCAUACAGCUCGGAAAACUCACAGCACCCCAGUGAUUCCGGCCAUGAAAGCCUUCGACAACACACAGUCCAAAAUCCUCUCAUGUGUUGGAAUCAGUUUUUUCUUCCAUAUAGGUGAAAUGUUGUCUUUUCUUCCCAUGGAAAGUCCCCUUGGAAUAAGGAUGCAAAUAAGGUUCUCACAAGAAAGGAUCUCCUGAAAAAUUAUCAACUGCUGUGAGAUCUUUUCCUUUUGCAUGUAAAAAAAAAAACAAGUUAUUUUUAAUCAUUAAGAGAAAUAGCAAAGAAAUACAAAAAGGAAAAUGUGUUUCAUGCACCUAUUUUUUAUGCACAAUGUAAGAAUGUUACAUUUUCACAAAACGUCCCAGAAAAUGUGCAAAAGUUCUGUAAAUAUUGGCUGAGUGGCAAGAAAAUAGUCCACAAUUUUCAGUCUCACAUAUUUCACACAAUGAGCAAUAUCUCCUCCUUUGGGUCUUUCAUAAGGGACCUUGCAAUAUGAAAUAUAUACAUACAAUCUUUCUCUCCACCAACGGUGCCUGUCUCAAUGAAGGGAAUUUUACUAGCAAUAAAGUAUAUCCCUUUGUUGUUGUUGUUGUUGUCCUUUUUUAUUAAGUACUUUAUAAGGAUGGAUGCAAUGUGGUUUUGAGAAGAAUGCAUUCUUUAGAUGCGUAUUUCUUCUUGCGUUGCAUUUUCUGAGAACUAAUACUUAGGAUUAAUGAGCAUCAUAAAGAGAAAAGGGUUUGCGCAGGGCGUUUCUUGAGGUCCAGAUCUUUUCUCCUUAAGCAUACCACUCAUCAACAUUUUAUCUUUUCCGAGAAAAGUGGGACACAAGGAGAAAACUUUGCCAACAAUGAGUGAAGCUCCCAGUGGGAAAGAAAACCUCAUUUGGAGAAAUAUUUCUGUAUGAGUUUGUUGCAGAGAACAAUCUUACUAAUGCCUGAGCAAAGGCGGGGGUAAAUAUAUGUUAGCAUACUAAGUGUCCCAGAUCUAAAUAACAGCUGCUUGUAAGUUGUUCCCUUUUUCAAAAAAAUAAUCACUUUUGGCUUAGAUGUGUGUGUUUUCAAAAAUUGCAAUCCAAGAGUUGCCUUCCUUUUGUUAAGCUUUCUACAAUACGGCAUUGACUUACUCAUCCUAUAUAUCUGUCCUGUAACUCAGAUUUGUGAGUCCAAAUGUACAGUGUUCAUUAAAGCAAAAAGAAAUUGGUAGGACUCAGGCCAGAACGAAAGGCAUUCUUUUGUAAUAUGUAAAAUGUGUUUCUUAUCUAAAAUCAUAAUGGAUAACUCUUUGGUGUACAAUUUUUUUAAAAAUAAAUAAAUAAAUGAAUAUACCUGUUUUAGUGGA